AUGUUUAGAGCUAGAGGUGGAGGUUCUGUAGGUGGUUUGGUAUUGCGUGUUCCACCGACAACAUUUGCCCGUAGAGCGCGUGCAACUAUUAACGCUAAGAAACCACCCUUGCGACAUAUUUAUUCAAGAUUAGUGAAGAGGGCAAGGAGAAAGAUACAACACGCUCGUUAUAAAGGUCCCUACUCCAGCACUACCAUAAAAGAUCUUCCAAGAGAUUUGAUAGUAAAGGUGGUUGCAACCGUAGCAUCACAAUCCUUCAUUGACAUUCAUGCUGUCAAAAUGUGUUGUAAAGAUUUUCUUGACGCAACUGAAGAUAGCUACGUUUGGCGACGAGUUUCUUUGGACAUGUUCCCAUUAAUCCAGUGGCUUCCUAAUGAUAAAGUUUUAUCAUUCUUGAAGCGAUGUAAGGAAUGUGGAAACUUGGAGAGCUUGUAUAGAGAAGGCCUACAAAAUUAUUUUAAUUAUCCAAAUGGAAAUGUUGAUGGUGGUCUUGGAGACUUGAAAGUAACUGCUCAAAAGGGCCACAAGGAAGCAAAAUAUGUGUGUGGUAUGAUUUCAUUAUGCUCUCAAGAUAAUGAGUUGAGAAAACAAGGAUUUGAGCAUAUGCGUUUUUUAAUGAAGUCAAAGUGUGUUAUAGGCUCCAGAAACAAAGUGAAACAAUUGUUGGGCUCUAUGUGGAAAAGUAAUGGAAUGUUGAAACGUAAUCAAAGCCCUCUAUGUAACUCCAAAAGCACAUGCAAAGGAUGGAGAGUGAAGAUAGGUAGAUGGGUGCUAGUAGACGAUGAUGAUGAUGAUGAUGGUGAGACUAGCUCGUGUGAAUAUUGUAGAUGGGACCACGAGUUAGAGGUUUUUUAUCGAUUGUUGAGUGUUAAUUAG